AUGGCGAUGGGAUAUAUUAAGACGCCUUUCGGGAAACCGCGAACGAUCCUGCCCACAGAAGGUGGAGAGGUGCCUGGUGUGAAUGAGACGUCCAUUAUCCAGACACCAACGAACGCGUCAGUCACAGUGACAAUGGUCUCCACUGAAGGACUCCCAUAUAGUUCUCCACAGACCAAAUUUAUGACUCUGGUCAAAACAACCCCUCCGGAACAACCGACUAUUCAAAAUUAG